AAUACAUUGUUUUCUAAAACACGGUACGUGAAACAGUCAAUAGAAACAGUUCAACUGGUACUGUAGUCUGGUACCUAGAAGGUCACCCAUCGAAUGUACGACGAAUGUCUGGAACAAAAUAAUACUAGGUAGGUGGGCCAUACAAAAAAACAGUCACUGAACAACAACAGGAUUGUGAAAACUGCAAGUGCAAGGCUCUAAAUAUGGAAGAACAGGAAGAAGAAGAAGAAGAAGAAGAAGAAGAUGAAGCAGUGCAAGUAGUUUACAAAUAUGAAAAUAUUUAUUGGAGCGCCCCUCGAGAAGAUGGCACUCGCAUAGCAGUUGAAGGAAUAGGAGACUGGGGAUUAAAAAGGAGUCUCGAGAAACCGUCUUCCAGCAGUGCGAGAGAGGAAAGCUCUUCAUCAAAAGAACCAAUUACCACUAAGAAAAUGAAAUUGGAAAGUAAAGCGGAGAAUUUACCAAAACGCAAACCUCUUAAGAUCUGUGGAGUUAAGGAACGGACUAGAAUCGGGUUAGCUGCAGCUACUCUCAAAGAAUUACGAACUAAGAUUCAAGCCCAGUUUCCCUCACCCAGGGACUUCAAGAUUGUAUUGGAAGAGGACUGCACAAGAAUUGAUGAAGAAGAUUAUUUUAAGACUUUACCGGAUAACACUGUCCUAAUGGUUGUGACUGAAGGCAAACAGUGGACAAGAGCAUCUAGUUCCUUGGAAGAAGAGUUCAGCAUGGGCUUUGUUGAAGUUGAUGGUAAAAUGAACCAGGAAGAAACCUCCCAGAGACUGGCUCAAGUCGCAAGAAGAAUCGCUGAAAAUCCUGCAAUUUUGGCAUUUCUACCUAAGGUUGAUUUAGAGAUCAUGGCUGAUGCAGACCUAAAUGAACUCCAAGUCCUACUUUGUCAGACAAAAGACAAAGCUGAAUUUAUUCAAGAUGCAUGCGAGAGACGUCUGUCAGACAUGAUUGCAUCAGAUGAAGCCAUUGAGCUCCUGAAACUUUAUCAUCGUGUGAAGACGACAAAGGGCGAAACGCUUUCGCAGGCGGAGGAGGGCGGAUCUCUUUCGCAGAAGGAAGAGGGCGGAUCUCUUUCGAAGACGGAGGAGGGCGGAUCUCUUUCGAAGACAUAGGAGGGCUGAUCUUUUUCGGAGACAGAGGAGAGCAGAUUUCCCAAAAGAGUUACAAGAUCAACCAGAAAGAAGGCAAAACUUACUUUAUAAAAAGUACUAGAGAGACAUUCUUCUAAUGUAGUCAUCUCUUAGACUGGUCUUAUUAAUUUUUUUAUAUAAUGGAUUCCUGUUAUAAAAAGGUAAUUUGGAUAAGAGGACAGCAAAACAAAGAAACAUUAAGCAGAAAUGAGAAUUCAGACUUCAGAAUGUACUCUUUAUAAGCAGCGCUCUAUAUAUUUGCUCAAGUGUAUAGUAUAAUGGUUUAGUGUGUACUUUGAGAGUUUGUUUUUAAUGGGAUACACAUUGUUCAUGAUUCCCCUAAAUGCCAAAUAAAUUGCGAUUUCCUUGUUUAAUUUAACCAAAAUCAUACAAAAACAAUAUUGGUGCCAGAGUUGAUAUUACAUUAAAGGAAAUGCACCAAUGGACAGAUUGUUGCACACAGAGAAAAAGAACAUGAUCUAAAUAUAGAGAAAUAAAUGUAUUUAAGCUUUUAUUGCCAAUUUUGUAAAGGGGGACUGUCGCCAUGGCCACAUCAGGCCAGUGGCUGUACAUACUAAAGGGGCGACACCAUUUUGUGCAUUGUGUUAGAAAUCAUUAUUCCAUACAGGCAUGCAGACCUACUAUGAUCAUGAACACAAUCAAUCCAAAUUCACAAAACAGAACUUUGCAAACGGUUCUAAUAACACAUGGAGGUGACCAACUAAAAUGACAUUUUAAAGUUGGCAACCAUUUAGCCCGUCUGUGGGCGAGUGAGUGAGUGAGUUAGUGACCAUUACCAUCUUUAUAACGAGUCAGUUAUCCGAUAAAAUGUACACAAACAUUGAGUAUUCUUACAAAGUAUAACCCAACCUUUAGAAUCAAUAUUAUUGUAAUAUUUUAAAAAUGCCUGUUCACUGUAAAGAUUCAUAUUUUUAUUAUACAGAUUUGAAAGUAAAAAGUACUAAAAACAAUAAAGUAAACUAAGUUCAGAAUAAGUUUGUUUUGAGUUAAUUCUAGUUUGCUGUCCAGAUUCCUAUUUUGUGUUAUGCAGAUUUGACACUAAAAAGCACUACAAACAAUAAAGUAAAAUAAAGUCAGAGUAAAG